CCGCUCCGGAGUGAGGUCGGUGUGAGCCAUCUGGUCCGCUGUGGGGUGAGCGCAGGUCGUGUCCCGGGUCUGAGGGCGCCGCGCCCGCUCCCCGCGCCCUCCUGGUCUCUCCGCUCCCGGAGCCUCGGGCCUCCCUGGAGCCGCCGCCGCUUGUGCGCUUGUUUCCUGCGCGCCCCCGGCCCCGCGGCCGCAGCUGCUUCUUGGAGGCCGCGGAGGUGGGACCUGCGUGUGUCGGUGCGUGGACAGUUCUGUUUAUAUCUGUGACUGGCUUCCACAGUAAGGAUUUCAACUGCUCCUCUUCACGUGUGGACCAGACAUUGUUCAUCUGCCUCCAGACUGCCCCGGCCUCUGCUUCCACUCCUGUCCCUCUUCCUGAAGUGGCUUCUUGGGCUCAGGGACGACAUUCCCUUAGACUUCCAGAAACUGGAGAAGGAAAUGCAGGUGUACCUCUCUUCUCCUAAACUACUAGAGUUGUUCAAGAAAAUACGACCAGCCAAGGGCCUUGCUGCCAGUUUUUGCAGGCCCUUGGUCCUCCUAUGACUGUGAAGGAUGAAAGGAGAAAUAGCCAUCCUGAACUGUUUUCCAGUUGUUAAUACCUCAUCCUGCCUUCACCCUGUGCUUUCUGUGGUGAUGAGUGUUCUGGACUCAGUGGUCGUUGAGGACGUGGCCGUGCUCUUUACCCAGGAAGAGUGGGCUUUCCUGGAUGUUGCUCAGAGGAAACUCUACAGAGAUGUGAUGAUGGAAACCUUCAGAAACCUUGCCUCAGUAGUCUCUCUAAAUGGUAAUGAAGAAAACUCAUCCACUGAAGAUAUAAUGAUACAAUUUAUUAAGAAUAAAACAUGGUCCUCCAUGUUAGGAGAAAGCCCUGAAUUGCAUGGCAAUAAAGAUCAGAGUAAGAACCAGAGGAGACAUUUGAGCGUCUUGCCUAUUUUUAACAGAAAUCAUAGAAUAGAGAACCACUGUGAACGUAAUGAAGGCAAUCAGUGUGGGAAUACUCUCAGCCGGACUCCAAAUGUUACUGUGCUAAAAAGAAAUUCUCCAGAAGCAAAUCCUAUUGAAUGCUGUGAGUGUGGAAAAGCCUUCAUGGAUCACUCAUCACAUAACCAUCAUGGCAGAUCUCACACGGGAUGCAAUACCUGUCAGCGUAAGGAAUGUGGAGAAGCCAGCAAUUGCCCUUCUCACCUGGCCACUCCUAUGAGAGCUCUUAAUGGAAAGAAAUCAUGUAAAUGUAAGGUUUCUGGGAAGGACUUCAUUUGUAUCUCAACCCUUAAGAAUCCUGUGACGACACUCAUUGGUGAGAAUCGACCUGAAUGUAACAAAUGUAGGAAAGAUUUCUGUAGUUGCUCAUCCGUUUGGACACACUUGAGAGAUCAUAAGUAUGAAUGUAAAGAAUGUUGUAACACCUGUAGUUGUACUUCAUCCUUCAUUUUACGUAAAAAAUUUCACAGCAGAGAUAAGUCUUACAAAUGUAAGGAAUGUGGGAAAGCCUUUAUUUGUUCCUCACACCUCACUGAGCAUACAAGAACUCACAGUGGAGAAAGGCCUUAUGAAUGUGAGGAAUGUGGGAAAGCCUUUAGGUGUUCCUCACAUCUCACUAAACAUAUAAAAACUCACAGUGGAGAGAGGCCUUAUGAGUGUAAGGAAUGUGGGAAAGCCUUCAGUCAGGCCUCACACCUCACUACACAUAUAAGAACUCACAGUGGAGAGAAGCCUUAUAAAUGUAAGGAAUGUGGGAAAGCCUUUAGUCAGGCCUCAUCCCUUAUUACACACAUAAGGACUCACAGUGGAGAGAAACCUUAUGAAUGUAAGGAAUGUGGCAAAGCUUUUAGUUGUUCUUCAGCCCUCACUACACAUAUAAGAACUCACACAGGAGAGAGGCCCUAUGAAUGUAAGCAAUGUGGGAAAGCCUUUAGUCGCGCCUCAUUCCUCACUCAACAUGUUAGAACUCACAGUGGAGUUAGGCCUUAUGAAUGUAAGCAGUGUAGGAAAGCCUUUAGUCGGGCAUCAUACCUCACUACACAUAUAAAAACUCACAGUGGAGAGAGACCUUAUGAAUGUCAGGAAUGUGGGAAAGGCUUUAGUUGUUCCUCAGCACUCACUACACAUAUAAGAACUCACAGUGGAGAGAGGCCUUAUGAAUGUAAGGGAUGUGGGAAAGCCUUCAGUCAAGCCUCAGCCCUCACUAGACAUAUAAGAACUCACAGUGGAGAGAGGGCUUAUGAAUGUAAGGAAUGUAGGAAAGCGUUUAAUCGGGCCUCAUACCUCACUACACAUAUAAGAACUCACAGUGGAGCUCGGCCUUAUGAAUGUAAGCAAUGUGGGAAAACCUUUAGUCAGUCCUCACAUCUGACUACACAUAUAAAAACUCACAGUGGAGAGAAACCUUAUGAAUGUAAGGAAUGUGGGAAAGCCUUCAGUCAUUCCUCAGCCCUGACUUCACAUAUAAGAACUCACACAGGAGAAAGGCCCUAUGAAUGUAAGGAAUGUGGGAAAGCCUUUAGCCAGGCCUCAUCCCUCACUACACAUAUAAGGACACACAGUGGAGAGAGGCCUUAUGAAUGUAAGGAAUGUGGGAAAGCCUUUUGUGAUUCCUCAAGCCUCACUACGCAUACAAGAACUCACAGUGGAGAGCGGCCUUAUGAAUGUAAACAGUGUGGGAAAGCUUUCAGUCAGGCCUCACACCUCACUAGACAUAUAAGAACUCACAGUGGGGAGACUACUCAAAAGUGGGAUGUUUCAUUUUUCCUGCUAUGAUUUCAAAUAACCAAUUUCCCAAAGUCUGGGCUUAAAGAACAGAAUUACUCAGUGAGUAUGAAAGAAUAUUAACUCAAGGAAGGGGUCAUUAGAGCUACUUUGUGCCUUUGGGAGAAGUGGCAGUUUUAACUGCGAGGCUUUACUCAUCAGUCAGUGUUGGUUACUUUCUUAGUCCUUGCUGAAUUUUACCUUUCUAAAAGUCUUUGGCUGUUACAAAUAAGGCUGCAUGGAAAAGCCUUGAGCACGCACGUGUGGUUUUACAUUUUUUAACGUUUUAUUGAUGUUAUUUUGCAUACAAUAAAUAUACCUACUUCUCACUUACUGUCUUCUUUCUGACACUUCACUUUUAUGACAGUAAAAAACCUACUGUCCAACUUUUUUGCAUAUUAAUGAUGUAUGUCUGGCAGUAAAGACUGGUGAGGUGCAAGGUGAGAGUAAUACUGAAGGUGCUUGAUGAUGUUAUGUGUCAAAAUGGCUGGAUCAUGAUUCUCAGUGGUUUGGUAUCUGUGUAUUGAUAUGCUUUGGGAGUUUGGUUCCAGAGGCCUUAAUUUUUGAAUAAGGCUUAUUUUCCCAUAGUGGCCUGGUCUUUGGAAACUAACCAUGUCAGUAAGUGAGAAGUGGAUGUACACUGAACUCGUAUGUGGUUUAAUAGUGUACUGUUUCCAUACUUACCACAUUUCCUCCCAUUUUUUCCUAUUGUAAAGUUAACUUUUAUCAUUUAGAAUUAGUAAGUUUCACAUACGGUGAUAAUUUGAGAUUGUGCAAAUAUUCUGUUUUUCAUCAAACUUUAGCCUACUAAUUUUAGUAAAAAAAUUACCCAUUGAUAAUUGUUACCACCGAUUAUUAUGACUGGAUAUUUACCAAAUGGUGUUUUCUGUUCCAGUCAUUUAGUCUAUGUUUAUCAAUGGGAUUUCUGCAAAGAAUAGCUCUCCCUUCUCUCCCCUUUAUUUAUUGUUUAUGCCAAUUUAAUAAAUACUAUAAUCCAUAUUAUUAUCAUUAUUUUAUCUUGCUCAAAUUGUCUCAGAUUUGAUUAUUCAGAGCUUUCUUAAGUAGG